CUCGCGCGGCUUUGAAAGGAAUCCUUAGCUGCCUUAGCCUACGUACGGGAUUUUAUGCCAUGACAGAUAGCGAUUGUGCUUUGGUGCACAAGGAUGCCGUUAUCAUUUUCAACGAAAAGGUUGCAGAGAUCGUGACACAAGAUCCUCUUCUUCAGGAUCUACCGCCCAUUGUCUCUACUGAAAAUGUGAAGGAACUGCUAGAAUUGGAAAUAGGCAAAUCCAUUCGUGUUUGGUUGAGAAAGUUUGAUGGCGACCGUGUUGGUAUUAUUGUACAGCGAGAGGGCACAGUUUUGGAUCUGAAAAAGUCGAUAAGUUGUGCAAUAGACAGAAGCUUAUCGAGGCACACUGACAUCAACUGGCAACGCAUAUGGAAAACGUACUAUCUGUACUUUGACAAUCAGAAACUGACUGAGGAUGCCAUGGCUUUACAUGAUUAUGGUAUUCAAAGUGGCAGCGAGGUUCGUUUCCUCAAACGCCUGACGCCAAAAGCUCCAAGCAAAAGUGUUGGUCAUUUGGCAAAAGUAAACAGUCGCAGGACUUGGAAGGAUCUUUAGCUCAACGAAGAAUAUUUAUGAAACUUAUGCGACUGCAGUCUCGCUGGUUAGCAGACACAAAGAAAGAGUCAUAGAAAAGAUGCAAGAAUAUCUUGGAAGACUUACUAUAACUUCUUAUUUAUUGCAUACUAGCUGAUUAGCCCUUUCUUAGCAGGGGUAAGUAAUUAAGAACAACACAAAAUUCUGGAUAGGUUGUCCCCGUAUGUAUAGCUAAAUCUCGUCUAGACAGUCCCGGGUAUUUGACAUUCUCGUUCCCGAGUAAAUUAACACAAAUUUUUAUCUAUAAGCGGUAAUUGCAGCCCGUUGUUUGCCUGAGCAAAGUAGUCUCGCGUGGUUGAUUUAGAUUUGUAUAAUAUGCUGCUCA